AGCUUUCUUUUAAUUUUUACUUUUGUUUACUGUGAAGGCCAGUCACUGAACAUGUUCGUAAAAGUCUACCGGUGUGCUUUUAACAAAGGAACACAAAACUUUAUUAUACACAAAAACACGAACUAUGGUACAGUAAGAAGGACCAUUUGAAACAGUUUUGAUACAAUUUGUCAGAAAUAAAGAUUUCCACAACAAACUUACAGGCUCCCAAGUCUCCGUGAAGACUCAUCACUGUCAAUGUGCUAACUCUCCAUGUUCAGCUGGCAUCAUUUUAAUUGGUUUCCUUUUCAGCAAACUUCUGUGCAUUCACUCAAUGCUAUUUAGUUAAUGUUUUUUUUCCUGAGACCCUUUUAAAAAGCUGUUGACUCAGCUGUCUUGUGAGUUUACAUGCAUUCUUUAAACUGCUGUCUUUUAAUAGCCUUGCCAGGAAUCUUUCUCCCUGAUACCUCAACAGCCUUCUGCUUCUGGAACUUGCUAACUUCUAGAGCUUCGGAACUUAUUUUUAGUCAAGGCUACUUGGAAACUUAAUAACUACACUUCUGCAGUUGUGGAUCAUUUCUCUCUGACUGAACCAGAACACUAUUUCCUAUUACAUUGAGCUGUUCACCUCAAGGGUUUAAACAUCUCAUUAAAGUGCAUGUAAAUUAACCAAAUCUCCCAACACUCUAAUGUCACACAGAAGAAAUCUAAAAUGAAACUAAAAUCUGUCUUGCCCUGCUUAACACACAAUAAAAUUACACUUUUUCAACUUGAAACUGUUCACCUUAGAACCCAGGCUCUCAACAAUAAUGAUGUAAGAGUUUCAUCAUGCCACCACUGUUAGGAAGUUCCAGGAUUUUGAUACAGUGCUUUUACAUUUGAUUCUGCAUGUAGUGAAGGCUAGUUUACUUCAGGUACUUACCAAAUUUCCUUUUAAAAGCCUGAAGUUAAAUUUGCAGGGCUGCAGAAAAAAGCUAGUAGAAUUGGACUAGAUAUGUUCUUGCAGAGAACCAAGAUGGAUACUCCUGUGCUCUAACCAUUCUAUAUUAAUCUGUAAGUCUGGAUGGUGUAUAUCUUGGAGAGUAACUGGUAAUGGUGGUUUUGCCCUAUCAGACAUUCUACUUCGGGGUUAGUGACUGCAGAUUAGAAAAGUGAUUUCAAAGCCUUGGUAGGAUACUGCAUUGACUCUUGUAGAUUCUAAUGCUGCAAUGAUCUUGUGAUAGUGGUGGAGAAAGUGAAUGUUUAAAAUGGUAAAUAUGAUAUUGAUCAUGCAGGCUUCUUUUUCUUAUGAAGUUGGAGCUGCAGUCAUUCAUGCAAGUGGAGAGUAUUUUGUUGGGUCUUGGUGCUUGGUGCUAGUAAUGCUGUUGAAUCUCAUAAAGAGGUGAUUAGUUUUAUAAUGAUUCCAAAAAUACCAUUGAAGCUGAAGAUUUAGUGUUUUAGAAAGCAGUAAAGGAUGAACAAAAUACUGAUGAGAAAAGAAAAUGAGUAGCCAGGGAAAUAAUAACAGACUGCAAGAGCUUUUCCUAAUAAGUGUAUGAAAAGGAGAGUAUAUGAAGUAAAUACCAUCUUUUCCUGCCAUGUAAGAUCUUGCUUCCUUUUGACUUUAUAAGCAACCAGUAAGGGAGUGAGGAAGCCAUCCAUGGGAUGAGAAUGUAACGUGCAUAUGAGAGAGACUUUUCCAUGUCUGUCGAAAAGUAGUGUUGGGAAUAAUCCACUAUUAGAUUCGAGUCCAAUAAUUUAUGUCCAUCAGUGUGAAGGAUGUUAAUGCUGGUGAGUGAACAAUGCACAAUGAGUAUUUGUCACUAACAUAAUGUGCAUUAAGCCCAACCUGAAAAGUUUUUCUUACUGUAGCAGUGCAAUGACUUUUAAUUUCCAUUUGCAGCAUUGAGUGAAAUUGCUAACUUGAAAAUGGUUGCUGCAUACCAGCAUUGAUAAAUGCCUAAGCCGAGUGCAAAUUCAUUUUAGGCCAAAGCAAUUAAUGGGUGAGGUUAGCAAAAGUGCUUUCACCCUGUUGACCAGGUCACGCUUGGGACUAAACAUUUCAGAAGUGCAAAGAAUCUGGUUUUAACCUAGUGCUAACCUUUAUUUCCUUAUUUAUUAAGUCAAGGUAAAAAUGUAUCAACUUCCUGUUACCAAGCUAGAAACCAUCAGAAAAUCCAGAAAGAAGGUGAAAAGGAUCCUGUCUGAUAUUGGUCUGGAAUACUGUAAAGAACUAUUGGAGGAAUUUAGAAGUUAUAAUCCAGGAGAAUACUACAUAAAAAACACAACAUGGAAUGAUGUUUCAGUAUGGCAGCCAAUCAAAAGGUCAAAGGCUUACCGAACAAAACCAUAUUGCUGCAGCCUUUGCAAUUUUUCAACAAAAUUUAUUUCUGCUUACAAAAGUCAUAUGCGAUGUUCCCAUGAGGAUGAGAUGGAUGUAGAACUGAUGGCUAGUUGUCCUAAUUGCACAUUUAUCUCUCAUCCCAAGAGUAUGAAAAAGCAUGUUAAAAUAUUUCAUUCUGAUUCUCGGAAAGUGCACAACACUGCUAACCAUGUGAAUACAGAUCAAAUAAGACAGAUCCAAACCAAAAUGUUUCAGGGCAAAAUGUCAAACCUAGUCCAGCCUGUUUAUUUUUGCAGGGUAUGCUCAUACAAAGAGGUGUCAUUGUAUGCCAUGAAGAAACAUGUUUUUCUAUCACACUUUGGCAACUUAGUCAAUAAUUACAUUGGCCAGGUGGAGGAACCGGUAUUACUUUCUGUUUAUAAGUAUUUUUGUAAAGGAUGCCAAAUGAAAAUGGUCACCUAUGAUGCCUUUCUAUAUCACAUUCUGGAUAGACAUAAAGAAGUGGAAGGUCCUGUAAAAGCUACAAUUGGACACAUAGCAGAACUAAGCCCUAGGCUACACAUUGCUCCUAAGGCUCAGGUGAGCAACAUUUCUCUGCCAGUACUCCCGAGUGUGGGAUCAGCAGUACCAUCACUUAAUACCAAAUUAACAGGACACAUGCUUUCCUGUGUUAAGUCGGCUUCACCAGCACAAAGUAUCAGACCAGUUGGACCAGUAUUUUCAAGUGUGAAAUCAACAGCUAAUAUUACCCUACCUGUACCAUCAACUUCCUGUGUGAGAUCACCUGUAACAGCAGCUGUGCAACAGGCCGUUAAUAUAUUGACACUUCCUCAAAAUAUUAAACCAGUAGCUUUGGGAUCAUUAAGACCAAACAUGAGUUCUUUUCCUUUGCAAAACAAUGUUAUUCCAGUAACUGUAUCCACAGCUGGUCCUGGAGAUUUUCCAAAACCAGCACAUGUUAACCUUGUAUCUGCUACUUUUCAGGUCACUCAGAAUAACCUUACGAUCCAAGCAGUAAGCCCGGUCCUUCCUCAGGCGUUUUUGAUGCCGCAAGGAUUGACCAUGGAUCAUACAGUAGGAGCUAAUAUUCCUAGAAAUGCCUUGCCAGCUAAUUCACAGACAGUGAAACAUUUAAUUCAAAGCAACAAACAUAUCAAUGGUGUACCUGCAUACACUCUAACCCCAGUUCAGUUUUCUUUGCCUGUUACUCCAGGUAGUAUAUUGAGUAACAAACCUGCGGUAAUUUCUACGACGCAAGUGCCACUUAAUAUUUCCCAAACAAAUACAUUUACUUCUGUUUCUCAACAACAAACAAAAGAAUUGCCCACUGAAAUUACAGUAAUGUCUGCAGUAGGGGAACAGAAGCAGAGUGCAGUAGAAUCUGCAGCUGCUGUAGAUUAUUCUUCACAAAAUAUCAAGGCUCAACAGUGGAAGAGUUGCUCAGUGUGCAGUGCAUUGCUGCCACUAAGUGCUUAUGAUAAUCAUGUUGCGACAGCACAUAAAAUUGAGGAAUAUUCUGAUAAACCGGAGAAGAUUGUAGCCUGUGCUACUUACUUGCAGAGAGUGCGUGCUCAAACAAGUAAGUGUCUUUUCUGUCGAAGUUAUAUGGAUAAAAACGUAUUAAUGUCCCAUUUGCUAAUGCAUGGCCUGACUUGUUUGUUCUGCUCUCUGACAUUCCAUGAGCUCCCAAAACUUUCUGAACAUGUGAAGACCUUGCAUGCAGGAUUGAGAUUUGAGGCUGUUGAAAAUGUUAAAGAUGGAGUAUCAACUGUUUGUGAAAUAAAUGGUGGUAGUUUUAAUUUAACAGUUAAAUUGCCAGAAGCUAAAAUGGGUCCUAAUGAUAUUCACUUAACACUUAUUCCAAACAAAAUGUCUACUCCUCAUGCACCUUUAGUAAUUGAGGUGUGCAGGCAAAAAGAAGAAAUUAAUAUGGAAGAAACUGUAAUAGAAGUGCCCCAAAGUUCAAAAUGUCCAUUUUGUUCAAAACACUUCUCGAGCACAACCUAUGAAAACCAUUUGCAAGAAGAUCAUCAUGUAGCAUCAAUGGUACAUCCACUGCUGAGAAUACCGGCUUUCAAGUGCAUUCACUGUCUUGGUGUAUACACAGAUAGCAUGACAACUUCAACAAUAUCUCUUCAUCUGUUGCGUUGUAGAGGCCUUAAUAAACAGCAAAGUAAUAUUUUGUCAAAAAGUGUUCAAUCAAAGCGUGAAUUUCCAGAAACUGCCAAGAAGUACAACAAUGAACUUACCAAUGGGGAUAAGAGAGAUUUGGUAUUGCUGCCUCCUCCUAAACGAAUAAAGGCUGAUGUGAUAGCAAAUAAUUUUUAUGUCUCCCCUGUGGCAUUAACUGACUCUGCAAACACUUCACAUUCUCCACCAUUACCAGACCCAUCUACAGUCUUGGCGCUAGUUCCAAAAGGCUUUGAGAAUUGCUCGUAUGAAGAAAGGAAGCUAUUUCUACUUGACUACUUUCAUAAGCAACCAUACCCCAGUAAUAAAGAAAUUGAGAUGCUAUCUUCAAUCUUGUGGCUUUGGAAAAAUGAUGUUGCCUUCGUCUUUGGCAAUAAGCAAAGGCUCUGCUUGAAAGCAAUGAAGUACAAACCAUCUGUGCUUUUGGGAUUCAAUAUGACUGAAUUAAGGAAGGUGAAGCACAAUCUAAAACUGGGUGAUCUUGGUACAAAUAUUUGACCGCUGUUCUCCCAAACUUGCAUAAAGGGAUGAAUCUAAUGGAAGUGAAGGUAUAGGUGGUCCACAAUUGGCAUAAAUGCAAGGAGACACCUAUACUCUUAGACAAUCAGAGUAGAAGAGCAAAUGGUGAGAUAAUUUUGCUUUUGGGUGGGGGUAGGUGUGCCUUUUGUUCUAAUUUUCUUAUGGCUGGGAACUAGAGGCCAAGAAGAACUUAAAUACAGGGUUUAACUUGAAUCCUACUUGAAGCCAAAAAUGUUGUCAUGUUCAUUUAAAACCACUUGGUAUACUGCCUAGUUACUCAAUGGUUUUCAGAAAUGUAUAUCCUUCUAUAAAAGCAAGAGGGAGUUUGUCAGUACUGGAUAACUAUACACGAUAGAUUGUGCUGCCAAUACGUUGUUACAGGAUGAGAUUAAUAUAUAAUCCUGUAAUGUUGAUCAACUAAGUUUACAUAAUAAUUUAUGUCUGCCUUGUAUUUUAUAUUUUACUUUAAAUUUGGUUGAUGUGGCUGUCUCUUCCUCUGGAAAAAUUGAUUUUGAAGUAUUUUUACACCAGGGUAAGAAAAUAAAUAGAAAUUUGGUCAUGCUUGAUGCAAAGUUGCUUCUGGCACAGCUUUUGCUCUUUUGGAUGAGCAUUAUUUUGCUCGUCUGAGUUUCAAUAGUUGUUGAUGAGGAAUGUAGCUGCUCUUCAUCUCAUUUUAUCUAUUUUUGACUCAAUUUGCUGUUUAAACCCAUAAUCACUAAUCAUCAAACCACUUGGACUAUGCCAUAAUUACUCCACAUUACUAAUAUUUUAAUCCCCUAAAGUCAUUUUCACAAAACUUUAUUUUUCUUGAGUAUUUUAUCAUAGAUAAUUUGGGUAUUGAACUUAUCUACAGCUAUGAUUAAAAGGAAUCUUGGGACUGUUGCAUUGUUUUAAAAUCUACUUUUCUGCACUGUAAAGAAUGCACUGCUGUUUGUUUCAACCCUCACCUGUCAAUCCUAAAAUUUUUAAACACAACUAUUUUUUAAGAAUGGUAUUGGUAUCUGCUACUGUAUGUACUGUCCACUGGGUAGCUAAUGAAUGUACAGGAAUGGAGGAAAUGAUAACAGCUGUGUGUCAUCUGAUCUGUAGACCACAUUUGAAGUUUUUGAAAUUAAUGGUUAGCUUGUUGUUUAGGUACUGUUCAAGCAUGACAUUGAUUUAUCUUUGCUCAACAAUGAUACAUAAAUAUUGCUUCUAAAUAUUGUUGAAAGUUGUUUUUAAAUGAAGAUUGCUUAUUGUGUUUUGUCUCAAAUGCUUAUCAUUCCUGAAUACAGACUUGAGGGCAAGAAAAUUAUGCUUACCAUUGUUUACAGAAAACCAAUGAAUACAUAUUGCAGAUUGAACAGCUCCAUUCAAGCUAAUAUUAAUGUUCAUUUAGGUCAGUAGCAUUCCUGUCCAUUACUUUUUUUUUUAAAAAAGUUCACAUCUGUAACCUGUCCUGUCUGCUGCAGAACUGUUAUAUUAUGUAGUGGUUUUCUGUCAAUUUAAAUCUAAAAUUAAUCUGUGAUUUCCGAAUUAUGUAAAUCUCAAGCUUCUUGUAGAGUUUCAGUAGCUUUGCAAGGAUGUUUUUUUCCUCCAUUACUAAAAGUUGUAUCUAAUAGUGCUCUAUAAAAGUGAGUUUGGAAAAGCUACGGAUUUUCCUUUCACGAGCCCUGCAAAAUUUGUAUUCUUACUUUUGAGGUAUAAAAUUUGAUGCUAGUUUCUUUUAGGAAAUGUUCAGUUCUCUCUUUACUGACUUUGUGUGACCAUGUUUAAAUUGGCUUCUAAAUUUGCUGAGUUUGAGUUGUAACUUGCUGAAUCCAAUGUGCACUUUGUAGCCUGAUGUGUUUUAUUUCUGACCAAGAGAUGUUGCAAAGUUAAGUUUCAUUGCCAUUUGACAUUCCUGAUACUUAUCAGGAAUAUUGCUUGUAUGUUUGUUUUAUUUUUAUGUGAGUAUUCUAUUUUCAGACAAAAGCACUGACUUUUACUGCCUUUGCUAGGUUGGUUCAUUUUCUCUAGGCUGAUUUAUGAGAUGCCAUUGAUUUAGAGCAGUGGAGAUCUUUGCAACAGCAACAGGCAGUUGCUGGUCUUAAAUAAUGCCUGAUGCAAAAAGAACUAAAUGGCAAUACCUCUUUCAGGUUUUUUUUGCAAUACUUUUUUUAAACUCACUUUCUUUUGUGUCUCAACAUUUUUCAAAUUAUGUUUUUCUUUCCAAUUUAAUGCCUGUGAUCAUCUAGUCUGAAAAAUGAGUGAUUUUAUUUUGAGCUCUUCAUUUAAACCUUGAGAUCAGAACAGAAAUGGACAAAAUCUUUAUCUAUUAAAUAUCCAUGAUAUGUCAACUUUUUUAUUUUUCAAACACAGUUGACUUUGUCCUCCUUCCAGCAACUCUGCCUAAUAGAGGAUGGGGUUCAUAGUCUUGGGUAAGAAGCUAUAGCCUGCAUAUCUUAUCAAUUGUAUCCAACUGAUACAUAAUCAAAUCUUAUACUGUGCACUGUUUAAUUUUGGAAUACACAGAUGAGUUUUUUGUAAAAGAUGGAGUAGUGAAAGAAGGUCGUCAGCAAGGUAAUUACCAGCUAGAACAUGAGUCCUAUUGUAUAGACCAUAAUUCAUGUUAGGGCAUCUGUUAGCAGUAGAUAAAAAUAAUGGGGAUGGGGGUGGCAGGGGCAGAGAGAACUGAAAGCAUAUUUAGUUGGACUUUAAUUGUGUUCUGAUUUAUAAAUAACAUGUUUUCAAAUUGUCCUUAAUCGCUAACGAUUAAACCAUGAACGUUGACAGCCUGUUCAGUUAUACAAUUGAUUGAUUGAACUCCAUUCCUGUAAAUUGGGUUUUCAAAUUGAACUAUUUGCAAUGUAUUCUUGGCUAAUUUUUAUGUACAGCCUAGAUAUUGACUUCCUUUUUUUAGUGCAGUUUCUUUCAUGUUUACAUGGCUUAAUGGUCUUGAUGUAUUAUUGCAUUCUUAAUGGCUAAACUCUGAUGUAUCCUCCCUAAAAUGCUCAAUUAAAUUCUUAUCUUAUAAUAGAACCAUGAUUGUACUUGGUAAAUACCCAUAUUUAAAGGUUAAGUUUUUAACAAAAUAAGAUCUAACUAACACAUUAUGUUGGUCUGAUAAUGUUUGUGUUUUAUUUUGAUAUAUUUAAAUACAGAAUAUCCAUAAAGGAUCUAAAUAAUGGUAGCCUUUGGCAAUAGUAAAAGUUUCCUUUAAAUGUAUUUGAGCUGUGAUGAUACUCAAAACUAACUAGAGUUUGUUCUCUACUACCAUUAUUGCUUAAUUAAAUAGGCAAGUUUUUUGCAUUUUAUAAAAGGUGCAUAUUACUGAGCAUCUACGGUCUGGUCUAUUUGUAUGCCUAUUUACAUGCACCUCCAUCACUUGGCGCUUAAGCUAGUUAAGCUGUCACUUGUUUUUAUUUGUUGAUUGGUUUGCUGUUGUAUAUUAGAUAUGGUUUGUCCUAAUAUGUUCACAGUUAGUGUAUAUUCAGUUUAAAAAAGGUGCUUGUGGUCCAUAUGCUUCUGUGUUGUUUCAACAGAUUUUUUUGUAAGUUUAGUGAUGUAAUUAUUUGUACAUAGUAAUACCUUUUUUUAAAAACAGGGUUUUUUUUCUGUAUUUGUGCAGUGAUUUGUUUUAUAAAAUUACGUUUUCUCCCCAGGACAGAACCUUUUUAUGAAGUACUGUAUUAGGGUUUGGAAUUUUAUGGCCUUUUUAUAUUCAUUCAUUGGUUUAAUUUUUCUCAAGUACAAAAUUAAAAAAAGAACUUUUGCAUUUUUGUCAUUCUUGGUCAUCAAUUUUCACCCUCGCAUAGCCACUUUCAAUAUGAAACGAUUGGAAUAGAUGCAUUGAAAUGUCUCCUAAGUUAAGUUUCUAAUUCAUGUGUAACUCUGUAUCUAGUGGUCUUUAUAAUGCCGAUUUUAAAACUGGGUCAGAAACCUAAUGAAUAUCUUGCAACUUUGAAGCCAACUUAUGUGGCAAUUUACCAUUGAAACUGCUGAUAUUAAACACAGAAAUGAGGUCCUUGUUUUCCCAAGGUCAGGAAAUGAAACUAAAAAUGAGUCUGCAUUAAACAAUGCAACUUUAAAAUGUCAGCAGCUUGGCUGAGCAACAGUGCCAGUGUAGACAAUGACACGUGGUAUUUUCAGCAUGUAUAGCAUAAUGACCGUACAGUGUGAACUGCAACCAAAGGUGAUAGUAGAGUAAAACCUGCUCUACAACCAUCUACUGCAGCUGUUGAGUUACCUAGACAUCUUGGAUCCUCCUCCCCUUCGGGAUUGUGCAAAACUUGCCUAGAGGACAAAUGGCAGCAUGCACCAGUUGUCCCAGUGUGAUCAAAAUCCUUAGUGUAUGUUUAGCUGUAAAAACACAAGUGGUGGAUUCCUGUUGUUUGACUGUGUCCAAGAAGGAAACGUUAUUGUCAUCGUAGCUGCUCGCAUGACUGAAGAGUCCAAAGUAGGAUUUACGUGAACAUUAACAGGUCCAU